AUCGGCAGCUAAAGUUGUCGUGACUUUGGGAUUUGAGAAAUCAACAUUUCAGAAAUCAACAUUUUGCGAACGAACAAAAAGUGAUUAUUGAAUUUGGAACAGUUGUUUUUUGGUCCAAAGUUUCGAUGUUGUGAGGAUUAAGGCAUGGUCGGUUUUAGUGGCACAUUAAAAUUGGAAAUAUCUGAGGCCAGCGAUCUAAAACCGACGAGUCUGCAUCAUCAUGGGGUGAAAUUGACGAAUAUCGAUCCUUAUGUAUCAAUUUAUGUCGACGAAAUAUUCCUGGCGCAAACGCAAGCGAAGGGCAAGACUUCUACACCUCGCUGGGAGGAAGCGUUCGAGAAAUUUAUAGACUAUGGCGAGAUUUUAGGUUUAACAGUGUUUCAUAAAGCUAUCCUACCGCCCGAUCCGUUCGUCGCAAAUGUUACAGUGCCGUUCGAGCAACUCAUGAACGAAACACAGACGGAUUACUUAUGGGUGAGCGAAAUAUAUUGAUUUGCGGUUCGAUAGAAAGUACAAGCGUUUAAACGUUCACCACAUAAAUAUUAUUCCCACUAGAUAAAGCUCGAGCCCUCUGGACAAGUGAGAAUUAAAAUAGAACUCAAGGAAUCGAAGAGCACAGGUAUUUUACGCUAUUGUUUUGAACUGGCCAAGUGUAAUUAGUGCAGCGAACUAUUCAAGCCUCGUUACCCUUCUUUUGAAGCAGUAAAUUUUCCCUGAAUUUUACAGCAUAGCCAAAUAAAAUUGUCAUAACAGCGUAGAUCUAUAUUUGAUUUAUUCAUUUUCCCUCAGUGUGUUUUUGACAUACUUUGUUUCCUGGUUUAAUAGUUUAUUAGAGGAUGAACACACAAAGUUACACAACAUGCUCUCUUCCGCAUAAUAAAGCGAGUUUUAUGUUGGAAAUUUUAGACAAAAGACCCAAAUUUAAGAUGAAGGAAGGCGCUCUAAAAGCUCGUGGUCGGAGAGGGGCUAUGAGGCGAAGGGUGCAUCAAAUAAAUGGGCAUAAAUUUAUGGCAACGUUUCUGUAUCAACCCACAUUUUGCGCCCACUGCAAUGAAUUUAUUUGGUAAGUAAAAAAAAGAGGAAAAUUCCUUAGGGCUCCUUAGUUUCCUAAACAGAGACCGUAAAAAACGUGCAAAAUUGUAGGUUUUUAUUGCGUAAUACUUCCCCGCAUCAGACCCUUGCUGUAUUGAGUAUAAUUACUGCAUUAUUUACCCAAUUCCGAAGACCUCGAACCUGCUGAAAAUAGUCCACGAUUCGAAGGGUUCUAAUUUGAAAUUAGAACAUUUUGAAUUCGUUCCAAAUGCUUUUAUCGCGUUCGAAAAUGUCGUAAUAUGAACAAUAUGUAAUAUGUAUUACGUAAAAUUGCAAAGCUGAAUGAAUCAGACACAACAAUCACGCAACAUGCGUUCCCCCUCGUCGUUCAGACUUCAGACUAUAUACACAUGCCCGAAACGAGAUGCCCACGUAAUGUGCAUGUUUUUAAUCCAUGAUAUAAAACACGUUGCCCAAGACAAAAGAAAAUUAUGUCAGAAUUUAUGUAACCCUUCUUGCAUUUUGCGUGGCCACAAAAUUCAGCAUUGUUAGUUCUGCCCUGCCUUCUUUGUCAUUGCUAAAAGCUUGACUAUUAUUAUCAAUGCAACUUCCCAUAAACUUCCUUAAAUACAUCCUUCGUAAAAAGGAUUUCAAGUUGUGUAGAUUGAUAAAUUCUGUGUCCUGUACAGCCAAAGCAUGCUAGUUUUUAUCGCAAAUACUACAAGUAUAAAUUCGUAUUAAUAUUAAGUCGCUUAUCAUAAUAUUCUGUUUUGUUUACGAUUUCAUACUUGUCCUCGCAAAGGUAAACACAGCGUCAAAGCGCCCUUCAAACUCUCGAGGAAAAUCUCGGGGUUUUUGUAGGAUUUAUGUUUUGUUUAUUUAUAUCAAAAAGGACAUCUAGGCAACUAGCUUGUGUCGCACAAAGGCAAUUUUAUCGAUCUUUCUUUGCGAGACAAUGUAAAUAUUUUAAACGCUGAUGUAUUAAAAGAAUGUGUUAAAAAAUUAUGUUUAGACCAAUAAAGGUUAAGGUAUUUCGAUUAUGAAUGACCUUUUAUACUGUACUUCAAAUGGCCAAACUGCCUUGUUUCGUGAUUUACAGCAAAUUAAAAUUAGUACAAAUUUGUCAAGUAAUUUCCUGGCAAUGUCCUGCAGAUUUUCAUCCUAGGGGUUAAACAUUGCUAAUUUUUAUUAGGGGAAAAAAUAUUGCAUGUUAUUCUGGUCAUGUGACGAGAGAUCAACCAAUCACAAUAAUUCAGCUGACAAAAUUAAAAAUGGAUUAUUCUGCUAAAGCUGUUUAUGUUUGGAUAUGAAUUUUACUUGUGUGUUAAUCACAAAACUGCAUCCCACUUGCUUGGAUAGUUCUAUUGUUUUGACUAUUUAUAUAACAAUAGCUAGUGGCAGAAUGUUACAUAACAAUAGCUAGUGGCAGUUUCAUCGGCUUGUCCUGAUUAUUGAUAUUUUAUACAAGGAAAUUUUUAUCCCCACUGAGAUUUGAUAGGCCAUCAUCCGGGCCUUAAAAUAUCUUUUACAGCGCAGUCUGACAAAACGAUGGCUUUGAGUUGGACAUAUGUAUGAUGUUUGCACAAUGUAUAAUUCUGAACAGGGAAUGUUGUGAAGAUAUUAAAUCAUUUGUGUCAUUCAUACUCAUUUCCAAGCCAAAACUAACCAGCUUGCCAAUAAUAGCAGUAAGACUUCAAAUGACAACUUAAGAGCCUGUUUUCCAUCGCUACAAAGUUACAGUUCGGUCAGACACCAAUACACUCGUGUGGGACACAAAAUAAACCUCAGUUUCACUUAGGUUGGACAGAACGUUAAGUGGUUUCCUCUCUAUACCAGACAAUUUCACGAAUGGGUCGGACACAUUCUGUGACCGACAUCAAUUUUAAGGCCUAUUCCUGUCGUCCUAUCACCUCCCUCUCCAGUCUUUGAAUGACAUCAUCCAUUUGUUGACACCUCUGUACUUGAACCAUCAGCUGUAUUUAGGCAUACGUGAGUGACAUUAUGAAACACAUUAUGCUUGAAACACAGCUGAAAAUAAACAUUAUUUAAAUUAAACAAUAGCACUUUAAGUGGCAGUGCAGCCUCCUAUUUUCUAUUUAAGUAGUCUGACUAACAGCAGAUGAUUUUACUUGUCAAGGGAGAGUGCUGCUACUCACUGGGUUGACAAGACUAUCUGCCCAAGCUUUUUUCAUUAAAGGGUUUAAUAUAUUCUUGGUAAAAAUGAAUAAAUUUUCAUUUCUUAGGGGAGUGAUUGGAAAACAAGGCUAUCAGUGUCAAGGUAUUUAAUAAUUGUUUAUUCAAAUUUGUGCUGCAUACAUAUAUUAUUUCUGAGAAUGUCUCAAUGCUAAUAGCUCAGAGCACUGGUAAUGUGUUAAACCCGAGACUUUGGAUUCAGAUAUGAUGUUCCAGCAAGCGGUUCAUUUCAACACCACAAAUUCAAAACAUUAUUUGAUUUUUUUACAGUGUGUACAAAAGUUGUUCACAAAAGAUGCCAUGAAUCUGUGGUAACGGCUUGUCCUGGGCAUAAAGAUGAAGCCUCAGAACUGGUGAGCAUUGUAACAUUUAGUCAGGAACCAUUAUCAUUCCACUGUUCCUCGUAUGAGAUUAGUACACAGUCUGUACAAUUAGAUAAAGAAUCAUUGUCAUUGUUCAACCGAAAAAGAAUUACAGUGUACUAAAUAUACUUUAUGUACAUAUGUAAAUACCUAAUUUAAUUUUGUUUCUCUAGAUCGGAGGAGCAAGGUUUACCAUAAAUGUUCCCCACAGAUUCCAGGUUCACACUUACAAAAGGCCGACAUUUUGUAAUCAUUGUGGGUCAAUGUUGUAUGGUAUAUUCAGACAGGGUGUUCAAUGCAAAGGUGGGUAAAACCAUGUAAAACUUGUUUGCAAGUUCACUUCAAGAGAACAAUGCAAUUUCAGAUUUUUCUGAGAUCAUGUGUGGCAAAUAUAGUCUGUCUAGCACCAGACACCUUUACUGAUGAUUACCAACCCCUAUACUCUACAGUACCUGCAGCACACACCAGUGAUGUUUUUGGCAUUUUAGAAGUGGGGGAACGCUCUUGGGAAUGAAAUGGGUGUGGUCACUUAAUGCAAAGCUUACUUCCCCUGUGGUCGUUUCAGCACACUCACCCCAUCACACUCAGUGCAAGUCUGGUGCGUUGAUGUCACUGUGUUGCACUGCAUGGUCAUCGCAUAUCUAGAUGUAUACCAAGCUAUACUGAUGAGGCCCAGAAUUCUGAAACAUACAUGUCAUCAGAUUGCAUAUAUACAGCUAUUUCAAUUAAGGUUGUCCACGAGCUAAGCGGAAAAGUCGAAUACGAGCGCGAAAGGCUGCAGGGAAUCACUAACAAAUUAAUGAAUUUUCAAAGCAGUUCCCAGCAGCCUUUCGCACUUGUAUUCGACUUUUCCGCUUUGCUCGUGGACAACCUUAAUUGAAAUAGCUGUAUACAUACACAUGACAUCUUCUGCCUGUGCUGUGUUGUCGACUCCUGUCAGCGGAAAAACUGUUCCCCCGUGUUUGAGUUUUGUCAUGGGAAAUGCAGUCCCAGUGAAAAUAGGAGGAUGGCAUUCCCCCCCCCCCCCCCCGAAAACAUCACUGCCACACACUAAUACAACAUCAUGUGAAGUAUAAUACCAUUCUAAAUAUUUUUGUAGUCUGUGAGAUGAACGUUCACAAACGAUGCCAAUUGAACGUUGGCAAUAAUUGUGGUGUAAAGACAAAAGAAAUUGCUGAAAUGCUCGCAAGAAUUGGUCAGAAUGCUCAUGAUAUUAAAAAUAAGCAAAAGAAAGUAAGUGUACAAUUUAAAUGGUCGCCGGAGCUCUAGCAAGUGCCAUAAGGUUUGCCGCCGGUUACUUUGUUUAGCACUUGAAAUAUCAAUUCUGCUCUCCUUCCUCCACUCUAAGCUUUCAAACAAAGUUAUUUUUCCUCAACCUCGUCUACUUUAUAGCCUGGUUAUUUUCGACUAUUUUCGAUAGUAUUAACAUACUAUUUCAUAAAACUGAUUUAGUUAUUUGCCAUCUUAAAUCUUGAAGUUACCUUGUUGAAGAAUGAAAGUAGUGAUUAUAAUUUGGCUACAGUGCUCAGUUGUGUUGCUAUCUAAUCAAUAUACACUAGUUAAUUUGGAUGACUUUAAGACUCCCUAGACCGCCCCACAGGUCACAGCCGCCUACUUUAGCAACACAUCCAUCUACUCAGAAUAAUUCUCAAAGCCCUGAGUACGCCUAACUAGUUUUUUUUAUCCAGCUAUCGAUAUCCUCUGAGACGACACCUCUACUAAAGAAAUCAAUGUCCCAACCUGAAGGCGCAUUUUCAUUACCAGAAAGCCCGACCAAACCUUGCUGUUUCAAUGAGUUUCCUUCGAGUCCAUCGAUAGGCUGUAAUGUUGGACAGACUAGCGGCAAGAGAAAACCAGGGAAACAUCAGAUGAAUGGAGUCGCACAUUUUUCACUUAAAGAUUUCGACCUUCUCAAAGUGUUGGGGAAAGGAACAUACGGCAAGGUUUGUUGAAUGUCUUAACAAACUACUUUGGUUAAAAGAUGUUGCUCACUUUCCAUAGGAAACAAUGUUUCCUGGUUUGUCCACCUGCAGGAAACAUGGCUAGGAAACAAUGUUUCCUGGUUUGUCCACCUUCAGGAAACAUGGGUAGCAAACAAUGUUUCCUGGUUUGUCCACCUUUGGGAACACGGCUAGGAAACAAUGUUUCCUGGUUUGUCCACCUUCAGGAAACUUGGGUAGCAAACAAUGUUUCCUGGUUUGUCCACCUUCAGGAAACAUGGCUAGGAAACAAUGUUUCCUGGUUUGCCCACCUUCAGGAAACUUGGGUAGUAAACAAUGUUUCCUGGUUUGUCCACCUUCAGGAAACAUGGCUAGGAGACAAUGUUUCCUUGGUUGCCCACCUUCAGGAAACAUGGCUAGGAGACAAUGCCUUGGUUGCAUUUAGAAGUGAAUUUUUCCAGGCAUUAGUACUUGAUAAGACUUGAGUCACAUUCUGUUUUAAAUUUCGUCAGGUUAUGUUGGCGGAACGGAAAGGAACGACGGAGCUGUAUGCAAUCAAAGUUUUAAAGAAACAAGUUAUAAUGGAAGACGACGAUGCAGAGUGUACUAUGAUAGAAAAGACAGUGUUAGCUUUAGCAGCCUCGCAUCCUUUCCUAACUUCGCUACAUUCAUGUUUUCAAACUCCGGUGAGUCACGCUGCAAGUCUUUGUGUGUUUGUGAGGUGAAAUUAAAAACGGACAACGACAUAUUACAAGGAAUUGAACCCCAUUCAAAGAGGACAAAUGCACGUUUAAAGUUUCUGUGAUCACAGUAGGAAUUUUGCAUAGGUAAAAAGUUUUUAAAGGAUUUGUAAGAAAUUUUUUUAAAAGACAUUUUUUACUAAACUUGGAAUACACAGAUGCAAAAGUUUGAUUAUGAUCACAGAAACAUUGAUAGCGUAUUAAAGCAGGCUUGACAACGGUUCCAUCUAACAUAACUUAUUAUUUCCAUUCCAACAGGAAAGAUUAUUCUUUGUGAUGGAGUAUGUAAAUGGUGGCGACUUAAUGUUCCAAAUACAGAAAUCAAGAAAGUUUGAUGAAGCACGAGCAAGGUGAAAAAACCUUAAAAUUUGUAAAGCAAAUCAUUGUAGUGUUUGGCUGUCUGACUAACAAGAUUUCAAUUAAAAGAUUAUACCAGCCUGAUAGCAGGGUACACACUUAAAAACAGACUUGUAGCAAUGCUGUUCCAACAACUUGUCAACAGGAUGUGUUCGCACUGCUUGUUCUCAGCUUGUUGACAACUUGCUACAGCCUACAAGGUUGUUGAACUCAACAGACUUGUUACAACUUGUUAUUGUCCUAUAAUUCAACAAUUUGUCAACAAGUUGUGAGUGACAACCUUGUAGCAAUUUGAUAAAAUAACGGCAUUGUUACAAGCCUGUUGCGAACACAUCUUGUUGACAAGUUGCGAGAUUUUUACAAGUGCAGUCUUAAAUAAUGUUCUUAAAUUUUAGAUUUUAUGCUGCGGAGUGCGUGUCAGCGUUACAGUACUUGCACAGAAAAGGAAUUAUUUAUCGGUAGGUAAUGUAAAGCUUAUCGCAAUGACUGAAGAAUGAUGGUCAGAGAAUGUUGGUGAGAGAAUGAUGCUGCGGAAGAUGACACUAAACUUAUUUCUCUUCACAGAGACCUCAAACUAGACAACGUACUACUAGACAGCGAGGGACAUAUUAAAUUAGCAGAUUUUGGAAUGUGUAAAAUUGAGAUGUCACCCAACGUAAUGACCAGUACAUUCUGUGGUACUCCGGACUAUAUUGCGCCCGAGGUAGGAGGAUGAUAAUUAUACACUUGUAAUAAAGAAUGGUCCUUAUACUGGACCUCUGGGGAAAACAGUGUAGAUGUGGUACAUGUACAAUAUACCUGUAGUCUAGUCUCAUCUGCAAGGAGGGGUGCAGGUUUUCCAUGGGGUGGUGCAUGAGGGACUGCCCACUCUCCUCUGCAGUCUGCAACGCUACUAUCCCAACAUUACAGUACAUCACCAUUAUUUGAGAUGGCUGAAUCUGCAUGUUCGCCGUUCUGUUACGUUUUACAUUAUCUUUUGUUUAUGAAGUCUAUAUCGGCUUUUUUAUCACAUAUGUGUGACUGGACAGUUGUUGUAGCACAGUACCAGUACAAUUUGCUUGUUACAGUACAUUUGCUUUGUUACAUGUACAGUAUAUUUGAGAAUAUGGCUGUAUAACAACUUCGACAUGUUUACAUAUUUAACCAUGAUAUUUAACUAAAGCAUUCUGAGUAUUUUCUCGUGAGCUCACAAAUCAAUUAAAUCGUUUCAAGAAAUCGACACGCGCUAACAGUAGAAGUUCCGCUAAUCGCUGUUCGAAAAGCAGAAAAUGUAUUUCAAGCAGAUUGUUUUAGGUCCUGGUCUCUUAAGCAAAUAUUUUAUGUUCGUUAGAUACUGAAAGAAGUGCCAUAUUGUUUUUCUGUCGAUUGGUGGGCUCUGGGUGUUUUAAUGUAUGAAAUGAUGGCUGGCCAACCGCCAUUUGAAGCCGAUAAUGAAGAUGAGUUAUUCUACUGUAUCCUUAAUGAAGAAGUCUUAUUUCCUGUGUGGCUCUCAAGAGAGGCAAUUCUUGUUCUUAAAGGGGUAAGUACGACAUCACAGCUAGCGAUCUAUACUAAAAUUUCGCCUUGUGUUUUUUUUUCUCACGCUAUUAUGCUGUUAUUAUAAUUUCUCACGCUAUUAUGCUGUUACUAGUUCAUGACGAAAGACCCAAGUAAAAGACUGGGUUGUACUUCAGUGGGAGAGAAAGCGAUCAGAGAUCAUAUAUUCUUUCAAGGUAUCGACUGGAAGAGACUAGAAAAUAGAGCGAUACAACCACCUUUUAAACCAAAAGUUGGGGUAAGUCAGCCUUCGUAUAAAAAUAAAGAAACAUGGCUAUAGGAAACAAUGUUUCCUGGUUUGCCCACCUUCGGGAAACAUGGCUAGGAAACAAUGUUUCCUAGUUUGCCCACCUUCGGGAAACAUGGCUAGGAAACAAUGUUUCCUGGUUUGCCCACCUUUGGAAAACAUGGCUAGGAAACAAUGCUUUGUCCACCUUCAGGAAACAUGGCUAAGAAACAAUGUUUCCUGGUUUGCUGGGGGUUUAGAACUCACGACAAUUGCUUAUUUUCCUUCUAGAAAACCUACUUAGAUCCAGUAAAUUUCGAGCUAGAAUUCACGCGAGAAGCUGCGAGACUCACGCCGUCAGAAAAAGACGUUUUAGAGACAAUAAAUCAAGAAGACUUUAAGGGUUUUUCGUAUGUCAAUCCAUACUUCACCGCUAACACACAAUUCAACGUACAGCAGUAGACCUACUCGCAGAUUAUAACAGAGCUCUUGUCGCAAGGCAAAUACUUAUCUCGGCAAGAAUAAUAAACAGAGAAAAACCCCCAAACUACAUGGAAAAGUUUACGCAAUAUAUUUUAUACACUCACUCAGUUCACUACAGAGCUACACCGUUGCCAUGGUUUCUCCCGCCAAAAUUCUAUGGAACUACACCCGAUGACGUCAUGGUGAGGUUGUCAACGAUAUCUGCAACGAAAAAAAAGUUCUGGAAAAAUCUUCCAAUGCAUAAAGCAUUGUUAUACAUUGCGAUGUCUUUGGUAUAGAGAAUUAUUCUAUGCUAUUUAUAUUGUCCAAAGCUACUCACCGUGUAUUGACACAGAUGUUCACGUGUUUUCGUACAUACUUCACGGAUUUUUCACGUGUUAAUGAUGUAGAAACGGAAACGUCAGUUUUAAGCCCUUUUUCCACUUACAACUGUACUGAAACGUAGGGUAUUUUUUAUUUCCUCGGCAUUACACAUAGAGUUGACGGAUAUUAUUGUCGAUUACAAGUCAUUUUUGAACGCGCGGGUCCCAAAAACUUGCCAUUGACGUUUCCAAGUUCGAAAAUUGGGCGCGAACUUCGCAACAAAGUUCGCAAGUACAUUUCAAUGUUUGAACUAUUGUAAACAAAUGUUCAUAAUUCAAGUUGAAAUCAACUAUUCAAUGGACAGUUCUUGGUCCAGUGGUCUACCAAGGAGGUUUGUAUUUCAUUGAAUUGGUUAUUAUUAUUAUCGAGUAUGAACAUUUGUUCACAAACGAAGUUCAAACAUUGAAAUGUACUUGCGAACUUUGUUGCGAAGUUCGCGCCCAAUUUUCAAACUUGGAAACAUAAUUGGCAAGUUUGCAACGAACUUGGCACCCGCGCGUUGAAAAGUGACUUGAAAUCGACAACAACACCCCCAGUUUAAGCCUGGUAUUUCACUAUAAAAGUUUCUGUGAUCACAGUAGGGAAGGUAAAUAGUCUAAGUAUUGAAGGAUCUGUACGAAAUGUUUGUGGGAACUGUUAGCUUUUAAACACUGAGUGCAUUCCCUCAAACAUUCCUUCAAAACUUAGAAUUUACCCAUGCAAAAUUCCUACUGUGAUCACAGAAACUUUGAUAGUGUAAACCAGGCAUAACAAACACCAAUCCUUGCAAAAUAAAAUUCUACGGAACGUUACAUUACGGUUGAGGUGGGAACAGCGCUUUAUAAAUUUACAUUGGAGAUAUUAAGAGUUUGUACCCUAAAUGACAGUUUUGCGAAACGUAAUGUUAGGACGUAGUGUAUAUACUCAGAAGAAAGAAAGUAAAUAGUAACCUUCGAGUUUUGAGUGUCCCGUGCAGUUGUAUCGGAAUCUGAUAAUAAAAAACGCACAAGUUGUAACAAACCUGCAGCAGACUUGUAGCAAUGCUGUUCCAACAACUUGUCAACAGGAUGUGUUCGCACUGCUUGUUCCCAGCUUGUUGACAACUUGCUACAAGGUUGUUGAGCUCAACAGACUUGUUACAAGUUGUUCCAACAACUUGUUAUCGUCCUGUAAUUCAACAAUUUGUCAACAAGUUUUGAGUGACAACCUUGUAGCAACUUGAUAAAAUAACAGCAUUGUUACAACUUGCUGAUAAGCUUGCUACAAGCCUGUUGCGAACACAUCUUGUUGACAAGUUGUGUGAUUUUUACACGUGUAGGUACUGUAGCAGGCUUAACUCAGCGAUAGGGGGCAGUGCACCAACAGUAUCUGUAAGCGUGCUUCCCUUAUUAAACUACAUUGAAUACCAUAUAGGGAUAGGGUGUACUGUUGAAAACUAACCUGUACUGGACUGGUGUCCCAUCCAUGGUGAAAAAAUCGAGUUCACUUUUAAUGCCAAGACAGACCACGUCUGGAACUUUACUCCGAACCAAGUUCACACCAUGUCAUGCAUAAUCAGAUUUCGAGAAGGAUGAUGAGCGACAACAAUUUAACAAUGAGGAACACUCGGGCGUCUCCUCAGAAUUCUCUUUACUGGUCCACUUAUACUGCACCCCAAUCCCCAGCGCUGUCAACACCAGCCAAAUUACAAACAUAGGAAUAGCU